AUGGAUGUCCUUGCUGAUGAGCUCCUUGAAGAAUUGUCAAUAGAAGACCCUCUACAGCAUGCUUUGACGAUAGAGAGGCCAGCUGAAGAAGCCUCGGUCAUUCAACAAGGGGACACCCAGCAAAACGACUGGAGCGAGCUUAAGGCGCCUAAGGUGGAGCUUAAACCUCUCCCCAAUGGUGUAAGGUAUGCAUUUCUUGGUCCUAAUGGAACUUAUCCAGUCAUUGCAUAUCGAAGAAUGCCAUUUGGUCUAUGUAAUGCUCCAGCCACCUUUCAAAGGUGCAUGAUGUCGAUCUUUUCUAAUCUGAUUGAGGAUGUUGUGGAGGUGUUCAUGGAUGAUUUCUCUGUCUAUGGAUCUUCGUUUUCUGCUUGUUUGUCAAAUUUGUGCAGGGUCCUACAGAGAUGUGAAGACACCAACCUUGUGCUGAACUGGGAGAAGUGUCACUUCAUGGUCAAAGAAGGGAUUGUGCUUGGGUUUUACAGGAGAUUCAUAAAGGACUUCUCCAUGAUCACUAGACCAUUGACCAGGCUGCUGUGCAAAGAAGCCACCUUCAGCUUUGAUGUGGAGUGUCUAGAAGCCUUCAAGAAGCUGAAAGGUGAACUCAUCAGUGCUCCAAUUGUCCAGCCACCUAAUUGGGAUCUCCCCUUUGAGAUCAUGUGUGAUGCUAGUGAUUAUGCUGUGGGAGCUGUUUUGGGGCAGAAGAAAGAUGGCAAGACCCAUGUGAUCUACUACGCGAGCCAAACCCUGAAUGAUGCUCAGAUGAGAUAUGCCACAACAGAGAAGGAGAUGCUAGCCAUUGUCUUUGCCUUUGAGAAGUUCAGAAGCUACUUGGUGGGAUCUAAAGUCAUUGUCUACACAGAUCAUGCUGCGUUGAGACACCUUUUGGCGAAGAAGGAUGCAAAGCCCAGGCUCUUGAGAUGGAUUCUUUUGCUGCAAGAGUUUGAUUUAGAGAUCAAGGACAAGCCAGGAGUUGAGAAUGGUGUAGCUGAUCACUUGUCCAGGCUGAGAGUGGAGUGUGGCAUUCCCAUUGAUGAAGGACUCCCUGAGGAACAGAUCAUGGCUAUUGGAGCAGUGAUAGCAGCAACAGAAGAGAAAGAACCUUGGUAUGCUGAUUUGGUGAAUUACCUAGCCACAGGAAAAGAGCCUUUGAAUCUUGUGGGUUAUGCCAAGAAGGUGUUUGAUGUGUGGGGUAUUGACUUCAUGGGGCCAUUUCCAUCAUCACAUGGCAACAAGUACAUCCUGGUAGCUGUUGAUUAUGUCUCAAAAUGGGUGGAAGCUAUUGCAAGUCCCACCAAUGAUGUAAGAGUGGUAAUCAAGAUGUUCAAGAGCACCAUCUUUCCAAGGUUCGGAGUUCCAAGAGUUGUAAUCAGUGAUGGAGGGUCUCAUUUCAUCAACAAACUGCUUGAGGGACUUCUCAGGAAGAACGAUGUUAAGCACAAGGUUGCAACUCCUUACCAUCCUCAAACAAGUGGUCAAGUUGAGAUUUCUAACAGAGAGAUCAAGAAGGAUUGGUCAGUUAAGCUUGAUGAUGCGCUUUGGGCUUACAGGACAGCUUACAAGACACCUCUGGGGACCACACCUUUCAACCUAUCGUACGGGAAAGCUUGCCAUCUACCAGUGGAGCUUGAGUACAAGGCACUUUGGGCAGUAAAGUUGCUGAACUUUGACAUCAAGAGUGCCACGGAGAAAAGGCUUUUUCAGCUACAUGAGCUUGAUGAGAUAAGAAUGGAUGCCUUCGAAAACUCAAGGAUCUACAAGGAGAAGACUAAAUCUUUCCAUGACAAGAAUAUCCUAAAGAGAGAGUUUAAAGAAGGAGAUCAAGUUCUUCUCUACAACUCAAGACUGAAGUUGUUUCCAGGAAAGCUUAAGUCAAGGUGGUCCGGCCCUUUCAAGGUCAAAGAGGUUAAGCCAUAUGGAGCAAUAGUUUUGUGGAGUACUGAUGGAAGAGACUUCACAGUCAAUGGGCAAAGGGUUAAGCUCUACAUGGCUGAUGCACCUGAGGAAGAUGGAGUUUCAACUCCACUGUCUGAUCCUACCCCAGCCUAAUCC